CAGCGCCAGCGCGCCCAGCGCCGGGGGCAGCCUGCCCGGCAAGCCCGUGUACUCCACCCCGUCCCCGGUGGAGAACACCCCCCAGAAUAAUGAGUGCAAGAUGGUGGAUCUGAGGGGGGCCAAGGUGGCCUCCUUCACCGUGGAGGGCUGCGAGCUCAUCUGCCUGCCCCAGGCUUUCGACCUCUUCCUCAAGCACUUGGUCGGGGGCUUGCACACGGUCUACACCAAGCUGAAGCGGCUGGAGAUCACGCCCGUGGUGUGCAACGUGGAGCAGGUCCGCAUCCUGCGGGGGCUGGGGGCCAUCCAGCCCGGCGUCAACCGCUGCAAACUCAUCUCCAGGAAGGAUUUCGAGACCCUCUACAACGACUGCACCAACGCGAGUUCUAGACCUGGAAGGCCUCCUAAGAGGACUCAAAGUGUCACCUCCCCAGAAAAUUCUCAUAUUAUGCCACAUUCUGUCCCAGGCCUAAUGUCUCCUGGAAUCAUCCCGCCAACAGGUCUGACAGCAGCAGCUGCAGCAGCAGCAGCUGCCACCAAUGCAGCCAUAGCAGAGGCAAUGAAAGUGAAAAAAAUCAAAUUAGAAGCUAUGUCCAAUUAUCAUGCCAGUAAUAACCAGCAUGGAGCAGAGUCUGAGAAUGGUGAUCUGAAUUCAAGUGUUGGCAGCAGUGAUGGUUCUUGGGAUAAAGAAAAACUUCAGUCUCCCCCCACCCAAGGAUCACAGGCCUCUGUUAACCACCCCAACUUGCCUGGACAGCAUAAUCUUCCAGUUAGUCAUCCUCUCAACCCUCUUCAACAGAACCACCUUCUGCCAAAUGGACUGGAACUUCCUUUUAUGAUGAUGCCCCACCCAUUAAUUCCUGUCAGCCUACCUCCAGCAUCUGUCACAAUGGCAAUGAGCCAGAUGAACCAUCUUAGUACCAUUGCAAAUAUGGCAGCAGCAGCACAAGUACAGAGUCCCCCAUCCAGAGUCGAGACAUCUGUUAUCAAGGAACGUGUUCCAGACAGUCCUUCUCCUGCUCCUUCCCUUGAAGAGGGUCGAAGACCUGGUAGCCAUCCAUCAUCUCACAGAAGCAGCAGUGUAUCCAGCUCGCCUGCACGGACUGAGAGCUCUUCAGACCGAAUCCCAGCUGUCCAUCAGAAUGGGCUCUCCAUGAAUCAGAUGCUAAUGGGUUUGUCACCUAACGUCCUACCUGGUCCUAAAGAGGGUGAUCUGGCUGGUCAUGAGGUUGGGCAUGAGACAAAAAGAAUACACAUUGAAAAAGAUGAGACCCCGCUCUCCACACCAACCGCAAGAGACAGCCUUGACAAACUUUCUCUAACUGGGCAUGGGCAACCACUACCACCAGGUUUUCCAUCUCCUUUUCUAUUCCCUGAUGGAUUGUCCUCCAUAGAGACCCUUCUGACUAACAUCCAGGGCCUAUUAAAGGUUGCCAUAGACAAUGCCAGAGCUCAAGAGAAACAAGUCCAACUGGAAAAGACAGAGCUGAAGAUGGAGUUGUUCAGGGAACGAGAACUGAGGGAAACUCUUGAAAAACAGUUGGCUGUGGAACAGAAGAACAGAGCAAUAAUUCAGAAAAGGUUAAAGAAAGAAAAGAAAGCAAAGAGGAAAUUGCAGGAAGCACUUGAAUUUGAGACUAAGCGCCGGGAACAAGCAGAACAGACACUGAAACAGGCAACUUCAACGGAUAGUCUCAGGGUCCUAAAUGACUCUCUGACCCCAGAGAUAGAAGCUGACCGCAGCGGGGGCAGAACAGAUGCUGAAAGGACAAUACAAGGUUCCUUAGGUGCCCAUGCCUAGCUCCCAGCCAGGUCUCCCAAGACCCCUCAUUCCACACCACAAGAUGGAAGACUUUAUUUGAAAACUACUGUCAUGUACUGAAUCUUUCCUGCUGGAGAUACCUGUGCUAUGGUAAAGGACUUUGCAGUAAGACAUCCAAUAUUUGGAAGUUCUAUUAAAACAAAGUGUUUUCAAGGCAACUUCCUCAAUGUGUGUAUUAACAUUCUUCAAAGUUUAAAACAUUCUGCAAGAGUGUCCUCCAUUGGUUAUCACCUGUGGCUCAAUCCAGAGGUCUAGAGAAUGUUUGUAAAUGUCUAAGAAGCACUCUUCUUCCUUCAGUGAAAAUCUGCAGCUCUGCUGUUAGAUCCCCUUGUAUACACAGUUACAGAUGUGUCAGAACAAGGCCUAGUGUUCUUUUUUUGAAUGGGAUGCAAACUCUUUCCUCCUCUGAUCAUUCUGUAUUUGAGCACAUCAGGCGUUCCUUCCAGCAGUGUUCCCCUAUAUUUGCAGACUAUGUCAUACCUAAACCAGCAAGACUGCUCAGAAGUAAACCUGUAAGAGGGCAUGAGAGGAUUCUUACAAAAAAAUAAAAAUAAAGCAAAAGAAAAAAAAUAGUUACAUUCAGUUUUCAAACUCGAGAAUUGUGGGUUUUCUUCUAAAGACAUUUUUUUCACCUACUUUCCAAGAGACCAAUGUGUGGACAUUAGAUCACAAUAAACUAAAUGAAAUUUUGUCAAAGUGAAAAGAAAUGCUGAAUGUAAACAAUACUGUUUUACUGUUCAUAAAGUCUCUUUUCCUAGAAGAAAAAUAAAUAAAGAGUAAUAAUUUCUCAUUCUAAACUGGCAGGGGUUUAUGAAAUAAAAGACUUUGCUUCUUUAUUCAAACUGUUGGUCACAUGUACAGUAUACGAACACAACCACACACGGAAGGUAUUAUGUAUGCAGUAGAAUACUAGAGUUUAGGAAAAUGAAAAUUUUAGAUAAUAUGUUUUGUCACCCUGUUGGUCAGAAAGACGCCUUUCUAGUUUUAACGCAUGCAGGCAUGUAAAUAUUUGUCCUGGAGUCACAGUAUUACUGAAUGAGAUGUUAAGCAUCUGGUAACAAGUCAGAAUUCUGUAUCAGCCACUUUUAUUUGUAUAUUGAGCCCUGCUUAGUGCCCUGUUAGUGCACUUUUAAGAAUGAACUGUGGCUGAGCAGCAAGUCAAACACCAGAAAUAUUUUUAUAUGUUAAUGUCAUAUUACGUCAAUGUUACUAAAAAAAGAAAACCUAACAAACACUUGAUGUAUCAGUCCAAUUCCACGUAGAGCUGAGUGAAGUCUAUUUUCCUUCCCUGCCUUGUCUUAGGGAAGGGUGGUUAUGUGUUCCUUUCACUGUCUUUAUGAAAGUUACAAUAUGUGUUUUCACCUGUGUGCUGAUAACUGGAAGUAAGCUGCAACACAGUGCUUAUUACAUACAAGAAUUAUGUUCUUUGCUUUGCAUACUUUUGGGUUACCCCUUUAAAGACUGAUUUUGUGAAUCAGUGCUGUUUACUGUAAGUUUUGUGAUUAUGCUUUUUUCACCUUUAAUGUUUUAUGCAUAUAAAUAUUAUUUAUUUCAUGGAAACAUAUCAGAACCUUUAAUGUCUAAGAUGACUAACUUAAAAAUAUUUCUUUAAAAAUAGUUCUGAUUGGAUAUUAAUAUUAUUUUGUCAAAGUAAAAAGAAAAAAAUGUUUUGUAAACUCUAGCACUGAGCUUCUAUAGUUUGUAGGUCUUCCUGGCAAUAUCGGUACACACUUCUUUUGUGUAGCCCAUCUUUACUCCACCACAAUCCUUUUUUAACAAUAGAAAAGUUGUAUAUACAAGUUCACAUCAAGGCGAUUUUUUUUAAAGAACUAUUGAGCAAUAUUUUUCAUUAAAUAUUAUUGGGUAAUACUUUGUAGUAACAUUAUUUUCUAAUCAUGAUUCUUUCAUAACUUUCAUAGUUGAACACUUUAGAGAUUCUGGACUCCACAUUUUUCAUAUGCAGUCUUUAAAGGGUUAACAGCUGUAAAGUUAGAUGGAUUUGUGGCAAGCUUUUGAAUCAUUCAUAUCUGAAAGAGAAGUAAAAGCCUACAACUGAAACAUGUAGUAGCAUCUGCCAUUGCUCUGCUCCUUGCAUAGAGUCACCUGUAAGUAGGUUUAAUAGUUUUACAGUAUAUAUUUUGAAGACCUUUGGGAAUGCCUCAGUGUUUGGCUUGGUACAUAAAUGGAAAUCUUAUGGAUUAAGGGGAAACAGUUUUUAAACUGGAUGUUGAGAGAGAAUCUUACUAAAAUGGUGUAAAUAUUACAAUCCAUGAAAUGUUGCUGUAAUUUCAAUUUUUGCCCUUCUUUAGUUAUACAAAUUUUGGGUUUUUUUGCAUAGAUGAUGAAAAGUUGUGCUCAUGUUAUUGUUUAUAUGCUUUUGUAAUCUUAAAGAUAUUAAUGUCUAGUUGUUCUAUAUUAUAACCACAUUUGCGCUCUAUGCAAGCCCUUGGAACAGAACAUACUCAUCUUCAUGUAGGACCUAUGAAAAUUGUCUAUUUUUAUCUAUAUAUUUAAAGUUUUCUAAAAAUGAUAAAAGGUUAUUACGAAUUUUGUUGUACAAAAUCUGUACAAAAAUCUGUUUUUACAUCAUAAUGCAAGAAUUGGAAAUUUUUCUAUGGUAGCCUAGUUAUUUGAGCCUGGUUUCAAUGUGAGAACCACGUUUACUGUUAUUGUAUUUAAUUUUCUUUUUCUUUUCAACAAUCUGCUAAUAAAACUGUCUGAAA